GCUUUAGCUGAAGCAAAAAACCAUAAAAAAUUGCUAACUAUCGCUUUGCUCAGCGCCCAGACAGCACACGGCAACCUGAAGCGAAAAUGUAUGAAGCUUGAAGAAAAUCUAUUGCGUCAACAGGAAAUUAUUUACAAUCAAGACUUCGCCAUUGAGCAGAUGGAGCAUCGGAUUGGUCGCAUUGAAGGCGAACAGUCUGAGGAAGAGAAGGUGGCUCUAGAGGCUCGAGUGUCCGAGUUGAACCGACAGAUGGAGGAGCGUAGUAACGUUUUCACCACUAUGGCUGCUCAGAUGAUGGACCUUCAGGUAAGCGGUUUAGCAUACAUCCCCUUUUGCUCUCCAUUCCUUACGCAUUUGUCAUUUUUUCUCACUUCAUCGUUCUAUUUUCUGAGUAAACGGCUUUUUUUCUUAUCGCCCUAA